AUGAUUCAGUUUGUGCAAAGAAGUGCGUUAAAUUUUAUAUUGUAUUAUAGGAAAGGUACUGAUGUAUGGACUAUUGAAGGUGGUGCUUAUACAAUUGAAGAAUCUUCAUCUACAAAGAAUGAUUAUGACAUCAUAUAUGAGAGAGCGGAUAAAGAAGAAUGUUUUUAUCCUGAGAGUUCUGCAUCCAGUAAAACACUGGCGCAUACAGAAAAAAAAUCAAGAUGCAGCUCUUCGGAAGAAAACGAAGAAUUAAAACAGAAGGUUAUAUCCAUGUACCGUGAUUUUUUAAAUAUCCUAAAAAGCGACGAUUUCACAGAAGAUCUACAGAGUGAACUUCAGAAGUCAUACCCCGAUUAUCUUACAGUUUUGGAGAAGAGGAUAACAGAUAUCGACAAAUUAGACCACGGGAUAGUGAUUGCAGGAGAAACAAGUUCUGGAAAGUCAACAUUGAUAAACAAAAUACUGCAAAAAGAAAUCUUCAAAUGCAGAACUCAUGAAUCCACCUCUACAAUAUGUAAAAUACGUAAUUCAGAGAGAGUAGGAAUUAUUACCGAAAGUCUCAAAGGAAAGAUAGAAGAAACAGACUUGACAGACAGAUGUGAUUUGGCGACAAGUAAAGGUGUGAAAAUACUAAGAAAUUAUUUAAAGGAAUUGACAGACAAGACCUCAUCAAAGAAAACGAAUAAUUUUCGGAGUGUGGACAUAGGAUUCCCGAUCCCCUUUCUUAUGAGUAACACGAUCCUAGUGGACACACCAGGCAUUGGAGGAUCAACGGAAGUAACACAGAGACUCAUGGAAUACCUUCCUAAUGCAGUGUCGUUUAUCUUUGUAAUAGACGUAUCAAAGGCUGGUGGUAUGCAAACAGAAAAGCUUCCAAAAAUACUUCAGUCUAUAGUCCUCCUGCAAAUGGAAAACGAGAUGCCAUGUUUUGAUGUGGAGGACGUUAUAUUUGUAACAAAUAAGUGGGAUACAAUUCCAAAGAAUGAAAGGGACGAAGAUAGCAGCGAAGAUGAUGAAACUUUUACAUGGAAAACUCUCGAAUCAGAUAUUAAAAAAACAUGGCCGUCUGUAAAAGAGGAAAAUAUUUUCAGAAUGAAUUUAAAAGAAGUUACUCCUGAAAAAGAAAAUUCGUCAACUGAACAGUUUGAAAAAUUCCGAAAAGCUUUGGAGUUAAGGAUUAGGAAGGCUGAAAACAUCAGAAUUGUGCGACAUCUAAGAUUUCUUCAAGAAAUAUUAGUAGCUGUGUCUAAAAGUUUAAACUCAAGACUUGAAUUAGGAAAUAAAACUGAGAAAGAACAGAUGGAUUUGGCCAGAGAUCAUAUUAAAAAGAUCAAGUUUUGGACCGCACAAUGCAGAGAGGUCAGAAAAGCUUCACAAAAAAGAAUAAAGAAAGUCAUUGAAGAUAUAGCACAAGAAUGCUAUGAUUACAUGUCAACAGAUGAGGGUAAAAACAAAAUCCUAAAUCCACCAGGUCAUCCUCCAAUUAUGGAAGUUAUCUGGCAACCACGUCAAUUUGCUAUGGAAAUACACGAGAGAGUUCUGUUGUAUAUUGAACAUUUUCUGAAAUCCAGUGAAGUUAAUGAAAAAGUUGUUACUGAAAAAGAAGAAAUUGAAUCCUUUUACAAAAAAGUUUCAUCGGAACUUUCUGAUAUGGAAGAGGGCUGGACUGUCAUUCGUAUAUUUGAAAUAGAAUGUCUUACUGACACAAAUGCAGAAAUGUCAAAAGCUUCCAUUGCUGGGAUUGUCCUUGCCACGUCUCCUAUUUGGUUACCCAUUGCUGCCAUUGGUAUCGCAUUAGGUGUUGCUUUUUCUGGACUAACAAUUGCGAUAUCCCCAGUUUUAGUUCCAACAAUUCUGAUUUUGGGAAGGGAUACUAGGAAAAAGAAAGUUAUUGACGAGGAAUAUAACAAGUGUCGUAUGUCAAUCAGAAGUCUCGUAUCCAAUGAACUUGAAUCAACCUGUGGCGCAUUUAUUAAUAAGCUGAUAGAUAGAAUAACAUUGGACCUGCUUCCUAAACGAAUAAAAUCCUUAGAAAAAAUGAUACAGCAACUGUUGGAUAAUCGUAGACAAAUUCUGGCAAACCAGGAAUCACUUUGCAAUCUUUCAAGGAAAGUUAAAGUCAUUGAGAAAUCUGCGACAGAAUUCAAAAGACGUUUGCCAAAUGGAAUGUUAUAA